CCUGGAGUCGGUGAGUGGCUGGAUGGGAAGGAAUAAGCUGAAGCUCAACCCUGACAAAACGGAGGAAGUGAAGAUGGCGACAGUCUACCUUGGGGUCUUUCCGACUGCAGUCACUGAAGAGAAGCUCGAGGAAGCCCGGCAGAAAUCCAUCCAUCGCAUUUUUGGGUCUGGGGGGACCUUACAGUAUGUUAAGAACCCCAACAAAGUGGGGACUUUUGAAGGCAUUCUUCAGAACAGAACUGAAGAGCACAGGAACGAAGGUAACAAGUACUUCUUCCAGAGAGAGUGGGAGAAAGCUAUCACCUCCUAUACCAAAGCCCUGAACCUGGAUCCUACCAAGGUGGAGCUAUAUGAGAGGAAGGCGGAGGCCCUUCUCCAGCUCUGUGACUUUCAGUCCGCUGCGAUACAUCUCCGGAAGGUCUAUGUCAUGUCAAUGAAUAAGGAGGAUGUUGGACAUCGCCUUGCCUUCAUUUUACACCUGCAGGGCCAAUGUCUGUAUGAGCAGAGUGCCUUUCUGGAUGCUCUGGAAUCCUUCACUCGUGCCACAGAGCUGCAGCCUCACAAUAAGCUUUAUCGCAUGAGGAGCAUUGCCUGCCUCGCUGCCCUGAAAAGGUACAACGAUUGUCUUCAGAUGGUCAAUGAAGAGGUCGCUCAGGAGAAAAAGAACUCAGAUCUCUUUGUCCUGAGGGCUCGGCUCUAUGAUUACUUUGGAAAGGUUACCUUCUGUUUUCACAACCUCCAAGACGCCAUUGAGUUAGACCCAGAGCACAGCGAAGCUCGGGCCAUGCUGAUUAAUUUGAGGAGAGAGGCUGAGAAAUCCAAGGACCAAGCUGUGAGCAUUGCAGUGAAGGGAAACUUGAAGGGGGCCCUGCUGAAAAUCAACCGUGCUAUAGACCACAGCCCCUUGGAUGCAGACUACUUCCUUUUCAGAGGGAGCAUCCUGCGGAGGCUGAAAGACUUUGACGGGGCCAUUGAUGACUACCUCAAAGCUGUGGACCUCAGCAAGAAGGGGGACGGCGACGAGGUCUGCAUGGAGGCCCAGAAGCAGGUGCUUCUUACGUACAAUGAUUUUGCCGUGCACUGCUAUGCCAAGGGCUUGUACGAAGAGGCGGUGCUUCUCCUCAAUAAAGCCAUCAGGGGAGAGAAAAAUGAGAAGGGGCUCUACGUCAACCGGGGAGACUGCUUCCUCAAACUAGGCAAGCUGAAUUUUGCAAUGGCAGAUUAUCAGCAAGCUCUGGAUUUGCAGCCCCUUGACCCCACCCUGCAGAAACGCGCUGCUUGGUUGCACAACGAAAUGGGCCUGCAGGAAUUCAGGGAGAGGCGAUACCCACAGGCCGAAUCGUAUUUCUCCCGGGCCAUCGAGAACAACCCUCGUGAGCUGAAGUAUUAUCUGCAUCGAGCCAAGAGCCGUUUGUUUCUGCAGGAGGUGAUGGGGGCCAAGGAGGACACUAUUACGGCCCUCCUGCUGGACGCCACAAGGGAGGAGGUCCAUGCUAUGGUAAAAAGCUUGUUUCCGGGGGAGCCCACUCAAUCUGUCCUCAACAGUAAAAUUGGCGAGCUUGCCAAAGCUCUUCUGGACCGGAGACUCAAAACCUGUUUGGCCCACGAGGCCUCAGCUAAUCUCAAAAGUCCAGAGUCAGUAGGAAGCGGUCCGCCCAAAGACGCGUAUGUGCAAAAUGAAGACCUAGACAAGCCAGAGGACAGGAAGCGGCAGCAGGACACCGAAGAGAAGAGGCUGUACGAGAGGAUAGCGACCUGCCAGAAGAAGUCGAACAUGGUAAGCAAAGAACUGAAGGAAGCACGAGAGAAGAGGGCCUCUCUGGAGCCUAAAACUGUCCGGCUGGACCCAUGUCCUCACCUGCCCGAAAAGGAGCAUUCAGAAGAACCCUAUCAGUGGGGGAAGUUCAGCCAAGGCAUUGGUCAUUUUUAGCGCACAUUAGCAGCAUUGCUUUUUAAUGUAUAGAGCUUGGCAAUUCUUCCCGCCCCCCCCCGCCACAAAAAAAUUGUACUGCUUUGCUCAGUGAGUGGAUCCAGUCCCUUUCAACUUGGCAUCCCUGCUGCAAAAGCCGUCCUGAGUCAAAGGCUUCUAGGGUCGCCUGCCUUGUAAAGCCUUUGCUAAUCUGAGAUGGUGUAUCUCAAAUUGCCAUCUUGGCAUACUCCUUCAGCUGCUUCACCAUGGCAAUGUACAUAUUCAGAAAAAACACUGUAACUACUAACCCAAGAUGAUUUCUUUUGCUGUUUUGCUGAAAGAGAGAGGGAAUUUAAGGCUCCUUCUGUGUGGGGAGGAAAUGGGGGUGUUCAGAGUUAGACCAGAAGCAGGUGAUGGGGUGGGUGCAAAGAAGGGAGCACCAGAAGGGGAAUGGGAAAAGGGGAGGUGU